AUGAUUCGUUUCUGGUUGGACCCGUGGAUAUGCGAUAAACCUUUAAAGGUGUGUUUUCCUAAUCUGUAUAGAAUUGAAACCGAGAAACAUUGUAAGGUGUCGGAUCGGGUGUUGAAAAGCGGAGGCGCUAGUAGCUUUGCAUGGCGAUGGAGGCAUGAUCCGACAUCUUUAGAAGAAACUUUGGAAUUGACGGAUUGUUUCAAUAUGCUUACGACUGUGAAGCUUUCUGAUAAGAAAGACUCAUGGUUGUGGCAUGGUACCGAAUCAAAGUUUUCAGUGGCUAGUAUUAAAGCGUGGAUGUCCUCAACCGAUGUGGCUAUCACAGCGGCUUUAUUUGAUUGGUGUAUUUGGUUACCUCAGAAGUGCAACAUCUUUAUGUGGAGGGCGAUGCUUGAAAGAUUACCGACUAAAACAACUUUGAUCAAGAGAAACAUACAAGUGGAAAAUAACUUCUGUAUUUUUUGUGACGACAGUGACGAGACUGCAGAACACUUAUUUACAAGCUGUAUUUUUUCGACUAGAGUUUGGCAGGCUAUUGCGAAGUGGUGCAGGUUUCCGUUUCUAUAUGUUUGUGAUUUAAAAGACCUUAUGAAUAUAUACAAGAACAUGCGACUCAACACGGCGAAAAAGGAUAUGGUGCAAGGUUUGUUGAUUAUUGGUUGUUGGAGAAUCUGGAAGGCUAGAAAUGAUCGUAUUUUCAAUAAUAAGAUCACAAAGAUUGACGAGGUCGUUGCGGAUGUGAAGACAUAUGGAUACUUGUGGUAUAAAAAUAGGAAUAGAAAUAGAACAUUUACUUGGGAAGAAUGGUGUAACUGUGACAUGAUGUAA